UCAUAUUUAUUCAGCAAGGAGGCAGCGGCAUCGGAGAAACUGGCUACUUCUGGUUUCAAGACACAUAAAUACAAAGCGAGAGACAGGGAAUACACAAAGGACAGUGGAUCGUACGGCUCUCCAGUUUACGCUGAAGACGAUAAAGUCAGAUUUCAUAGAAGAAGAGCUUGGACGGCAUGCAAAGUUGUGAAAUAUCUUCAGACAGCACUGAUGAUCCUCUUAGUAGUGGUUUACGCAGACAUCGACAACCUCGAAUAGUAGUGAUCGGUGCGGGCUUGGCCGGCCUUGCCGCCACCAAAACCCUCUUGGAGAACGGCUUCACCAAUGUCACAGUACUAGAAGCUUCGGAUCUUAUCGGAGGCAGAGUGCAAAGCAUUCAGCACGGUAAAUCCACUUUGGAACUUGGAGCAACCUGGAUCCAUGGGGCGAAUGGGAACCCUAUCUACCACCUGGCUGAGGACAAUGGACUCCUGGUGCACACCACUGAGGAGGAGCGGAGUGUGGGCCGCAUCAGCCUCUAUGCCAAGAACGGUGUGGCCCACUACCAGACUAAUAAUGGCAAGCGCAUACCCAAGGAUCUGGUGGAGGAGUUCAGUGACCUGUACAAUGAGGUGUACGAGCUGACUCAGGAGUUCUUCCAGAAUGGGAAGCCUGUGGGUGCCGAGAGUCAAAACAGUGUGGGGAUCUUCACACGAGAUGUGGUGCGUAAGAAGAUCAUGUUCGACCCUUAUGACUCAGAGAGCACCAAGAAACUCAAGUUAUCUAUGCUACAACAGUACCUCAAGGUGGAGAGUUGUGAAAGCAGUUCCCCCAGCAUGGAUGAAGUGUCUCUAAGCGAGUUUGGUGAAUGGACUGAGAUUCCAGGCGCUCACCACGUCAUUCCCACUGGUUUCAUUAAAGUCGUUGAUAUCCUGGCUCAGGACAUCCCAAGCCGAGUCCUCCGCCUCAGCAAGCCGGUCCGCCGCAUCCAUUGGAACUGCAGCUCCCAUGAUGCUGAGGAAAUCACAGACCAGGCUGAUCAUAACCAGGACCAGCGGCCCAGCGCUGCCCCGGUCUGUGUGGAGUGCGAAGAUGGUGAGUGUCUGCCAGUUGACCACGUGAUCAUAACGGCUUCUCUUGGGGUCCUGAAGAAGGCUCACGAGACACUCUUCUCCCCGGGCUUGCCUCCAGACAAGGAGCAGGCCAUCCAGAAACUGGGGAUUAGUACCACUGAUAAGAUCUUUCUGGAGUUUGAGGAGCCCUUCUGGAGCCCUGAGUGCAAUAGCAUCCAGUUUGUGUGGGAGGACGAGGCACAAUUGGAGAGCCUGGCUUACCCAGAAGAGCUAUGGUACCGAAAGAUCUGCAGCUUUGAUGUGCUGUAUCCGCCCGAGCGCUAUGGCCACAUGCUGAGCGGCUGGAUAUGUGGAGAGGAGGCCCUGUACAUGGAGAGAUGUGAUGAUGAGACUGUGGCGGAGAUUUGCACUGAACUACUGCGCCAAUUCACUGGGAACCAGAAUAUUCCGAAGCCAAGGCGGAUCCUGCGCUCCUCAUGGGGCAGUAAUCCCUACAUACGGGGUUCUUACUCUUUCACUCGAGUGGGCUCUAGCGGCAGAGAUGUGGAGAAGUUAGCUGAGCCCCUGCCUUAUACCAAGAACACCAAGGCUCCGCCUCUACAAGUGUUGUUUGCUGGGGAGGCCACCCACAGAAAAUACUAUUCCACUACCCAUGGUGCUUUGUUGUCAGGACAGAGGGAGGCCAACUGCCUGAUCAAGCUGUACCAGUACUCCUUUGGUGCGGAAACCACAAAGCCUAACAUUUAAAUGAAACAAAUUGCAACAAAAACAAGAACCACUUACUAGUGACAAAUGCAUUUGUGUUUUGUGUUCUCUGUACUUUAAAUUAUUAAAUUAUGUAUGAAAUCCUAUAAGGGGCAUUAAACUAAUAACAAUAAAUCCUCUUUAUACUGUACUUAGAUUAGUGUUCUGUAGAUUUUAUUUGACAUGUACUGUACAAGGAUGCCAAUGUGUUGCCAUCUCUGGUCCUUAUCAUUUUUUUCUGAUUAUUUUAAAUCCAUGUUUAAUAUGUUUCUUUAAUUUAAAUUUUUUUGUAAGUGCCUUCUGUAUUUAGUGUUAUGUCUUUACAAAUUAAACAAAAAAGUAUUUAUGAAUAAAGUGUAUCUUAUUGUAAAUAGAAGGAUGAGUUCGUUUCCCAUGUUAUGUGAUGUCUGUAUUUGUUCUCCAGCUGCUUUUUGAAAUCCAAGCAUAUAUGAAGUCAAACGCUGACUCAGGUGUAACUAUGGAGCAUAGACUCUUGGACCAGUUUUCUUUCCUGUGUUGACGUAUUUCCUAUUAAAACAGAAAGCUGGGGCCAGUAACAACAAAAAGCCUUUUUUUUUUUUUUUUUAAAUAGCCAAUAUGCUUUAAUUUAUGUUAAUUUAUGGAGUUCUAAAGGAAAGUUCAGGAAGAGCACAGUCAUCUAAUCCCGUAAUCACCACAAGAGUAUACAAAUUGCUUGUUAUGUAAAAGUAUCUGCUAAAUGACUUGUAAAUGUAUGUAAAUAAGUAUAGAAAGGAUUGUAUCUCUCCAGUGACAAUUCUUCCGGCACCCUUCCUCUACCACAUCUACACAUUUAUUUGACAUUUUCUUAAUAUACAUUCACUUUCUUUACCCUUCCAUUAAUCUAUUAACAUGUAUUAUCUCUCUUCAUGUACUGUAGCACAGGGGGAACCCAAACCGGUUUUAUCAUUUACCAUUACCUCAAGAUUAUAUGAACUGGCAAACUUGUGAAACAGUCAUGAACGAUGAUUUGAGACUUGCUAUUGGUAUAGUGUUAAUUAUUCAUAUUUUGAGAUGUUUCAGACAUUAGCAUAAUUAAUUCUGAUUCUAAGUAAUGGCCAGCUGCAUCCAAUCACAGCCCACCAUGUUAUAAUAAAAUUA